AUGCCUUCCAAUGACGGUGUUCCUGGUGCUCGAUCCUAUCGGGUGCUCAUCAUCGGUGGCUCCUACGCGGGGCUGAGCACUGCAUUGACCCUGGUCGAUCUUUCGCGGGGUCGCAUACCUCGCUUCAGUUAUGACCGAGAGAUCGCGCCCCCGGCCCAUCGCAUCCCUGUAGACAUUACGGUGGUCGACGAACGAGAUGGCUACUAUCAUCUCAUCGGAUCGCCCAAGUCCCUAGCUUGCGAGAAAUUCGCGUCCGACUCAUGGACCCGGUUUCAGGACAUUCCUGGCCUCAAAUCCUCCGGCAUCAACUUCAUUCGCGGAAGCGUGAGCUCAGUGGACUUUGCAGCGAAGACGGCCCAUAUUGACGAAACCGACACAAAAGCGAAACGCAAUGAGUCCUAUGAUUAUCUUGUUGUUGGCUCUGGUUUGCGACGGACUUUCCCCACGGUCCCACAGUCCCAAGUACGAGCCGACUUUAUCGCAGAAGCCAAAAGUCACGCCGAAGAAAUUCAAAAUUCCCGCGAGGGUGUGGUGGUUGUUGGUGGCGGUGCCGUUGGUGUAGAAAUGGCCGCGGAAUUGAAAAUCCUCUACCCAGAUCAGAAGAUUACUCUCAUUCACUCGCGAAACCGUUUACUCUCCUCGGAACCUUUGCCAGAUGAUUUUGCCGAGCGCGUUGAGUCAUGCCUGCGUGAAGUGGGCGUGGAGACGAUUCUGGGCCAGCGUGUUGUUGAUACUACCGCUGUAGACACAGAGAACGGUCGCCGGGUGUGGCGUCUAACGCUGGCCGAUGGUCGAGAGCUGACGACUGGCCUUGUACUCAGCGCCAUCUCGCGAAGCAUUCCCACUUCCACAUAUCUUUCAUCGGGUGCAUUGGACGAGGCUGGCUAUGUGAAGAUUCAUCCGUCUCUUCAACUCUCCGGGUCCAUCCCCAACGCAGAGAACCAUUACUGCGUGGGAGACCUUGCGGCGUGGCCCGGUAUCAAACGAUGUGGAGGUGCAAUGCACAUGGGUCAUUAUGCAGGUCAUAACCUGUAUGAGCAUCUCAUGGCGCAAUCUGCUGGUAGCAAGCCGGACGUGAAAAACCUGGACCCGUUCCCCAAUGUCAUCGGAUUGGCCGUAGGAAAGAAAGCCGUCAGCUGGACCCCCGACGAGGGAACCAAACACGGCGAGGAGCUGAUGACCAGUCUCUUUGGAGAGGAUAUGGGUAAUUCCAAUUGCUGGAAUUACAUGCAGCUUGGUGAGGCUUGCAAGGCAUAG